AUGGCAGGGAUGGAUAAGCCUUCGGAGACGAAACGACUCCUCUUUAUUAAUACCAAUGAAAAUGAUUUCCGUUCACGUAGAAGUCGCCAUAAGUCAAUUGAUUCCGAGGCUCGUCGGCAUGUUAUGCUUGAUAUUGGCCGGGCCCGACAAAAGCCUUCAAAGGACCGCCGGUUUGUCACCCUGACAUGGCAGGCACAAAAGGACGCAGGCAAACAAGAAAGUCCAAAGAGAAGACACCAUGGUCUUUUUAAAACACCCGAGAAGUUCCAGGUCACAAUGAGCACACCUACGUUGUAUGCAUUCGCUGUCUUCGAGAGGGAAUGGGGAGAGGAUUCGUUCUCGGCAUACGGCUUUACUCUUAUCAUGACCACGGGGCAAAAUGCGAUGAGCGGCACGUAUUUGACAAAUACGUUUUGGUCCCCUUUCGCCUUCAGGAAGUCUGCCUUUCUGAAGCACUACCAGCAAAUCUUUAGUUCACCAGAGGUUCUUGUCCCAUUAUACCGUCAAUCAUCUUUAGAACUCAAGGCAAUGGCGCUGGAGCGCUCACUGAUGACAAUUCAGUGUAUCGAGUCCAGACUUGCAAGCUCUGAUACAAGUUGGGCAACAUCAGACAGCGUUAUUAGUGCUGUUCUGGCACUGAUCUGCUACAAUUUUUCCAACCUAGAUUUCGACCAAGCGAUGGUUCACAUCAGGGGUAUUUGGAUGGUGAUUGAGGCCAGGGGCGGCAUUUCUACUGUAGAGAAUAACCAGGACCUAUUCCUCAUGGUAUCAUGGGUCGACAUCACGGCAGCACUUCUGCAUAACACGAAACCCUUAUUUCCACUACCCAUGAGGAUGGACGCAUCUGUUCGCCCAGGCCCGAGUACGCUCCCAGAUCCGCUUUUUUGCCUCCUUGACGGCUAUGCAUUGUAUGAUGAGCGCUUUCUUGCGGUUCUUGCAUGUAUGGGAGACUUGAAUUCACUUGCCACAUUCCUCCGGACCGGCGAGAUGACUAAGGGCGAUGCCAUCUGGAGUGAUGGAGAGCAAAUUAAUCUCCUUUUGAAUCCCAUUACGCAUGACUUGUUAAACCAACAACUAUCGGAACCUCCGCAGUCUAAUACACCUUUCGAAAUGAUCUUGGAGUCACUUCGGCUUGGGGCUAUCAUCUGGAUCAUACAGACGAAGCGAAGGUGCCGCUCUUAUCCCGGCACUGCUCAAACACAUAUCACAUCGCUCCUCAGAAUAUUAUCAAAGGAUGCAGAAGCUGAUUCUCCAUGGAACUGCCGUGCAGACCUGCAGGUUGUUCGUCUCUGGCUCCUGGUUCUCUGCAGUGUCAGCGAACCGAGUGGCCAGGACUAUGCGACCUUGAUGCAAAUAAUAGCUUCCGAAAUGAAAGAACUGGACCUUGUGACUUGGAUCCAGCUUGUUUCUGUCAUACAAGGAAUGCCCUGGAUCUACUCGAGGAACGUGCCAGACCUUCCCUAUAUAAUCUUCGUUCGUUCCAUUCUCUCCUCUGAUUUCCUUCCCUCGCAUCCUUUCAUUCACACAUUCAAGCUUCACGGGUGUGUUGGAUCCCAGCCUCUCAGGACUCAGACGAUAAGACGCUUCAAGAUUGCCGGUCGUUGUGUCCUCGUCCUCUGUCGUCAUACGCUCCCAAACGAAGCUUCGCCUGUGAAUCAAUACACCUCAGGUAGAGUCUUUUGGCUCAUGAGCCCGCUUUAUCAUACUGUCGAUAUCGCUGUCGCAAAUCAAGUCCUCAAUCAUCGUGAUUACUUCUGUGCAGUACCGAUCUAUCAAUCAGACCCCCUUCAAGAAGAGGUCAUCUCGACCUUUAUAUUGGGGCCAACUUCAUCUCUUCGCCAUCUUUGGUACCAUUGGAGUCUUCAGCCGCAUCAUGGAAGACCCCAAUUUGACCGUUGA